AUGGGAUCCAAACCCGCUGCAGCGCUCCUUGCAGCUGGCCCCGGCCGCCGAAUCCGUCCAGCGUAUCUGGCCGCAAACCCGGGCCCUCGCGCCGAUAAACAGUCGGCGCCCCAGCAGCACGGCCGCCUUUUCGCACCACGUCGUCGCGCGGCCACAUCGUCCCGGGGUCGAGUCUGUAUCGUGUUUCCGCCCUGGCUGCGUCCCGGGGGCAUAUUCGAGAGGGCGGCUGCGCAUGCGGUCGAGAAACGGUCCAGGAAGAAAGAGGGUUCAGGCGGAAACGAAGCAAAGGAGAAAAAGUACGACGAGUUCCAUGGUGCGCUCUGCGGAGGUCUCCGACUCUCUCGGUACAGUACAUGGCAGUGA